GACCGGAAGUGCCGUGGCGGAAGUGGGUGUAGAGUGAAGGACAACAAAGCCUGCGGCCUGUGAGAGGAAGAGCGGGAGGGAGGGAUAAUAGAGACAAACAUGAUACCGACUGAGGACGCCUCGGCCAGGAAAAGAGACAUAGAGGAGAAACUGCGGCAGGAGCAGGAAACCUUGUCAUUCAUAAGAGAGAGCUUGGAAAAAAGUGACCAACUGACAAAAAAUAUGGUUUCCAUCCUUUCAUCGUUUGAAAGCCGACUGAUGCAGUUGGAGAAUUCUAUCAUUCCAGUCCACAAGCAGACAGAAAACCUGCAGCGCCUGCAGGAUAAUGUGGAUAAAACACUGUCUUGUUUGGAUCACGUCAUCAGCUAUUAUCACGUGGCCAAGGACACAGAGAAGAUCAUUAAAGAAGGUCCUGCUGGAAGACUGGAGGAGUACCUGAGCUGUAUGGCGAGAAUUCAGAAAGCAGUGGAAUACUUCCAGGACAACAAUCCAGACAGCCCUGAACUAAAUCGGGUGAAAUUCCUUUUUGAAAAAGGCAAGGAAUCUUUGGAGUCCGAGUUCCGAAAUCUCCUUACUCGCAAUAGCAAAGCUGUGCCGUCUGUCGUCAUCCUGGACCUGGUUGCAGGAGACGAUGAGAUUGAGACAGCAGAUGAAGUGACACUGGAACAUCUUCCUGAAAAUAUCCUGCAGGAUUUGAUCUGCAUUUCGAUGUGGCUGGUUGAAUAUGGAAGGAAUCUAGAUUUCAUGAAUGUGUACUAUCAGAUCCGCUCUAAUCAGUUAGACCGAUCAAUCAAAGGCCUGAAAGAGCAUUUCCGCAAGAACAGCUCGUCCUCUGGUGUACUGUACUCUCCUGCUAUUCAGAACAAAAGGAAAGACACCCCCAGCAAAAAAGCCAUCAAGAGACCAGUCUACAUCCCAGGCACAAUUCGUAAGGCUCAGAAACUUCUGAAACAAUAUUCUCAGCAUGGGCUGGAUGGCAAAAAGGGUGUUUCUAAUCUCACUCCCACUGAAGGUCAUGAUCACGAGUUGCGAGUUAAACAUCUCUCAGAUACGCUGACUGAGAAGCAUGGCCCUGCUGUGGGGAAGGAGGACAUGUUGGACAGUGAGAUUGACUCUUACAUUCACUGCAUCAGUGCCUUUGUAAAACUGGCACAGAGUGAGUACCAGUUGCUGACGGAGAUCAUUCCUGAGCACCACCAGAAGAGAACCUUUGACUCUCUGAUACAGGAAGCACUGGAUGGUCUGAUGGUAGAAGGAGAGAGUAUUGUCUCCACAGCACGCCGUGCCAUCAUGCGACAUGAUUAUUCUGCUGUCCUAACUAUAUUCCCUAUCCUUAAGCAUCUCAAGCAGAUGAAGCAAGAGUUUGAUCAGGUUCUGCAGGGUACAGCUGCUGGCACCAAGAAUAAGCUGCCAGUCCUUAUUACCUCCAUGGAGACGACAGGAGCUAAAGCUCUAGAAGAGUUUGCAGAUAGCAUUAAGAAUGAUCCAGACAAAGAGUACAAUAUGCCCAAGGAUGGAACUGUCCAUGAACUGACCAGUAAUGCAAUAUUAUUCCUUCAACAACUGCUGGAUUUUCAGGAGACAGCGAGUGCAAUGUUAGCAUCUCAGGAGACUGGUUCCUCUACCAGCACAUACAACUCUGAGUUCAGCAGGCGGCUCCUCAGCAACUACAUUUGUAAAAUACUCGGCAACUUGCAGCUGAACCUGCACAGCAAGGCUAAGGUUUAUGAGGACACUGCUUUGGGUGCUGUCUUCCUUCUCAAUAACUUUAAUUAUAUCCUCAAAUCCUUGGAGAAGUCUGAACUAAUUCAACUUGUAGCAGUGACUCAGAAGUACCCAGACAAGACAUACAAGGGACACAUUGAAGAACAGCUCCAAACUUACCAACGCAGUUGGUUAAAGGUCACAACGCCCAUUACCGAGAGUAACAUGCCUACCUUCCAGCCAGGAACAAAAUUAAAAGAUAAGGAAAGGCAAGCUAUUAAAGAUCGAUUUAAGGCAUUUAAUGAUGGACUGGAAGAACUAUGCAAAAUCCAGAAAUCCUGGGCUAUCCCGGAUAAAGAACAAAGAGAUAAAAUCAGGCGUGCACAGAAGGAAAAUGUAACUGGGGCCUAUCGAGUCUUCUGGCAGAGGUAUUCAAAUGUUCCCUUUACCAAGAAUACUGAAAAAUAUAUAAAAUACAGAGUGGAACAAGUUGAAGAGAUGAUUGAGAGGCUGUUUGAUACUUCAGCAUGAAUUCAUUACUCUGCCAGAUUCAUUUGCCAACUAUUAUAUAAUCAAAGUGUUCUCAAUUUAUGUAAAUAAACUGCACUGUCUAAGUUGUAUUAAAGAUAUGAAACACUA